GUAGGGUGUAUACAUAAGAAGACCAAGUCAAGAAACAAAGAAUAAGGGUUGAAGUGAAUGCGAUGAAUAUGAAUAAGAAAGAGGAGGAGUGUUCAAACUCAAAUUUUCCUAAAGAGGUGUGGGCAGUUAUAGGACAAAAACUGAACAAUACAAUCGAUUAUAUUGGAUUUCGUAGCACUUGCAGUUUGUGGCGUUCUCUUGUUCCUCUUCCACCUUCAUCUCACAACAGUUGCAUUCCACAUCACUUAUGUUCUCUACUACAAACUAAAAUAUAUCGUAUUCAACCAUCAACAAAUGAUCACAACCCUUCAAGUUCAGCUUCUUCUUGUGCUAAUAAAGGGUGGCUCAUUAAAGUUUUUCAGGAUCCAAAUUCCUCCAAACUUUACCUCUUAGAUCUCUUCACUAAUAAGAGACUAAGAAUUGAGGAUACUAUGGAAAACAAUUUGAAUUUGAUGAAGUUUCGAGUUGUGGAGUUGUUCGAAUUAUAUACUCUUUGUCGUAAAGUUGAAAAUGAUUUCAGCUUUGAGCCUAAUAGUUAUGUUUGUAAAGUGAUCUUGUUUCCUGUUGAGGAUCGUUGCAUGGUCUUCGAACUCUGCAGUAAUAAAAUGUUGACAGUUUCCAAUAUCGGUAAGAAAAAGACAGUCUUAAAGGAUGAUGGUGCACAAAACAAGUAUUUUGAUGAUAUAAUACUUUAUAAGGGACAGGUUUAUGUUGUAGAUAAAAUUGGAACAGUUUUUUGGAUCAAUGCUUUGUCCUUGAAGUUGUUUCAGUUUUCGCCGAAAAACAUGUGCUGUGGUGAAAGGAAGAUGCAUGUAUCUAUGGAUUGUGAUAUAUACAAGAAGCAGUUAGUAGAGUGUGAUGGAAGUCUCUAUGUGAUUGAUUUGUUUAUUGAUGAUAAAAAGUAUUACAAUGGUUACUUCUCCAAAGAUGUUUUUGUGGAAGUUUUUAAGCUUGAUCAAGAAUGGGGUAAAUGGUUAGAUGUGAAAGAUUUGGGUGAUGUUUCAUUUGUUUUAGGUAAAGACUCAAACUUUGCAUUGUUGGCUAAAGAUUAUUAUGGAUGUGAAGGAAACUGCAUUUACUUCUCUUCUCAAUUCAGGAGUUUUUGUUUUAGCUUGGAGAGUUUAGUGUCUAAGCCUCCUAAUAUUUUUUGGCCUUGUCCAACACUGUUUAAGCCUAAGAAUGAGUGAUUUGAAAGUAUUAUAAUGCACUAGAAUGUUACUUUGGUUUUGGUGUUUUUAUGUAUAGCCUAUUAAUUGUAAAUUGGGUGUGAAUUUGAAUUUUUGACAGAAAGUUCAAUCAUUUGUUAAACCAGAUUGGAAAAACUGACUUUUUAAUGAUGGUAUGAUCUUGUUAAUUGA